UUCAAAGUGUUGCCAGGAUAUUAAAAUUCCAAAAAUGUGCGGGGAUUCUAAUUUUUUAUAUAGAAUGUGGCCUAAAGAUUGUACUUUAAUUGCUUAGCUAUUUACAAACAUUAAUUCAAUCUAACGCAGCGUUCAAAUUCAUAUCAAAUGUGACACAUGAAUAAAACUUUGUAUUCUCUAAGUAACCAUUUAAUCAUCAUGUUUCUUUUAUAAUAGCUGUUUUUAGCAGUCAUGAAUAUUUUGAUUAUUUUAUCAAAUAAUAUUAUUCUUAAAAUUCGUGUACACAUGUAAUUAAAAUAUUAUGUAUGUCAAAUUGUCAAUAACCCUCACGGUCCUAUAAUAAUUUGACAUCUUGUCAUCUGGGUUUUUGACUUACAGCACUGGCAACCUCUAACUUCAUGUGUCAUUUUAUUUUAGAAAUAGGAAUUCAUGAGUCGAACAUGGAUGAUCUCAAUUCCAUCGAAAAACACGAAUAAUGGCUUCGUCUGUACAAAAUAACAGAUCGUCGCCCUCGGGCUACUGCAUGUGUUGCAGAGUGUGUAAUAACGUGUGCUGGCGAGCGUUUAAAUGGAUUCCUGUGCUGUUGAUUGUGUCUAUAAUAACUUGGUCCUAUUAUGCCUACGUUAUUCAGUUGUGCAUUUUUACAAUUGAGAGUACGGUGCAGCAAGUGCUUUACCUUAUUUUCUACCACAUCCUACUGUUCAUGUUCGCCUGGUCAUAUUGUCGCACAAUUUUUGCUCAAAUUAAGCCCAUACCAGAAAAGUUUAAGUUACCAGAGGAAGAAAUAGAGCGAUUACUCAGCGCAGAUUCAGAAGAAGCGCAGAGACAAAUCCUAGACAACUUUGCGAAGGAUCUCCCUAUAGUGACAAGAACAAUGUCAGGCUCAGUGCGCUACUGCAACCGCUGCGUCCUAGUCAAGCCAGACAGAGCGCACCACUGCAGCCUCUGCGGGCGCUGCGUCCUCAAGAUGGACCACCACUGCCCCUGGGUCAACAACUGCGUGUGCUUCCACAACUAUAAGUUCUUCAUGUUGUUUCUGGGCUAUGCGCUGGUGUAUUGCACCUUCGUCAUGUCCACCUGCCUGCCUUAUUUCAUUAGGUUUUGGAAGAUGUAUAAGGAAUACCAGCAUGCCCACUGCGAGCAGUUGAUAGCGAAAGGCACAUUUACUAAAACAUGCACGGAUAUACUCGGAGGUGACUUCGGCAACGCGGCGAACGCGGGCCGGUACCAUAUUGUGUUCGCGUUCUUUGUGGCGCUCAUGUUCGGGAUAUCGCUGGGCUCGCUGUUCGGGUACCACUGCUAUCUCGUUGCUACCAAUAGGACGACUUUAGAGGCGUUCCGAGCGCCCAUGUUCCGCGGCGGCGUGGACAAGAAUGGAUUCUCCAUAGGCGCCUACGGCAACUUCAAGGAGGUGUUCGGGAACCAGCCUUGCCUGUGGCUGCUACCCGUCUUUACCAGCUUCGGAGACGGCAUCACGUUCCCGCUGCCGAUCCCCGAGGAAGACACCGAGUCCCUGCUGAGCUCCGAGCGCUGGGACCGCUGGGGCGAACGUGCGCGGCCGUUCGAUGAGCGAGAGAGCUCCUCCUUCGACGAGCUAUGAGUAUAAACUGCGGUGUCCACUGUACUAUGGUUUUACGACAGUUGGGCGCCACUGUAAUGUUUGUAACAUUAAAACAAGUUAGGAUACAUAUUGAGGAAACACACGUAGUCCCUGCUUAGUGCCGAGUGUUGGGUCCGCUGGGACAAACGUGUCUGGCCAUUCGAUGAGCGAUAGAGCUCAUAGUGCGCCGAACGAGUGUAAGCUGUGGUGUCCAACUGUCCACUGUACAACGGUUUUACUAGAGUUGGGCGCCACUGUAAACUUUGUAACAUUAAAACAAGUUAGGAUAAUAUUGAGAGAACACACGUAGUCCCUGCUGAGUGCUGAGUGCUGGGGCAAACAUGCGCGGCCAUGUGAUGAGCGAGAGACUUCCUCUUUCGACGAGCUAUGAGUAAGCUGCGGUGCCCACUUUACAACGGUUGUCUAGAGUUGGGCGCCACUGUAAAGUUUGUAAAAUUAAAACAAUACAUACAUAUUGAGGGAAAACACGUAGCUCGGCUGAGUGUGGAGCGCUGGGACUGCUGGGGCGAACGCACGCGGCCGUUCGAUGAGCGAGAGAGUUCAUCGUUCGACGGACUAUGAGUGUAAGCUGCGAGCUUCGGUGUCCACUGUGCAACGCUUUUACUGGAGUUGGGCGCUACUGUAAAGUUUUUAAGACUAAAACAGGAUACAUAUUGUGGGAAAACACGUAGUUGAUGCUGAGUGCCGCGCGCUGGGACCGCUGGAGAGAAUGUGCGCGGCCGUUCGAUGAGCGAGAGAGCUCCUCCUUCGACGAGCUAUGAGUGUAAGCUGCGUUGUCCACUGUAGAACGGUUUUACUAGAGUUGGGCCACUAUUAACUUUGUAACACUAAAACACGUUAGGAUACAUAUUAAAGAAAAACACGUAAUCCCUGCUGAGUGCAAAGCGCUGGGAUCGCUGGGACGUUUGUAUAGAAAAGCGGUCGUCUACUCUCUUCCGAAGGAAGAGACGUAGGCUCUGUUAUGUUGCGAGCCGCUGAGGCGCUCGGCAUAGGUAGAUAGGAGCGCGCAAAGAGCCCUCUGUGCGUUAGAACAGCACGUUAUCAGAAAAAAAAACGAGUAGUGGGUAGCCUAUUGACAGCCUUAGGUACUUAAAAAAACAUUCCGAAACAGUAUUAACUAACUCUACUGCUAAACAAUAAAACACGAAAGCUUACUAUCCCCGAAUCUCGCUUAACUAGAUUCCAAAGUACUACUUCAGGAAUAUGAGGUAUAUUCCUACUUACAUUCCAAGAUGUCAGAUACAGAAAGCCAUGUAUUGGCAUUUAACCCUAACGGCAUUGAAUUAUAGUCGGAAAUUACAUACACGUAAUACGCUCAAAAUUUUUAGUACUUAUGAAUUUUCUGAAAUGAGUUUUACGCCUAAAAUUGUUGGGUGCGUGGCAAAGCGACUGUAUCGUAGUGAUUUUAAGGUUCAAUGGUUCAAAUCUAUAAGAUGUUUUGGUGAUGUAGGGCGAUCGACCACAUCGCAGGCGAGCGCUCAUAUUAUUACAUAGAUUUGAACCUUAACACUAUCACGUUACAGUUGCUUUUUAAAGAAUAUUGUUGCUUUGCCACUUGGUUAAUACGGUAGCUGACUAUUUGCAUAAAAGAAACAAUGGCUUUUGUUUAACAGAUUAGGGUCUGAAGGCUUAAAAUCUUUUGAGAAAAUUCAUAAUAUACGUCCUCGUUGGACUACUCGUAAUUACAAAACUUGGGCUAAUAUGGCACCACAACAAAGCUUUAGUUCGAAUAUUUCUUAGUUUUCUUACGAUCACAUUAGGUGGGGUUUUCUUAUACUCAAUCUAAGCAAAUUCAAAAGUUAUAAUCCACUUGGUUCUCACUGGGUAGGGGUACUUAAGUAAGUAGGCAGAACUGGAAGUCGGGGCAUCGACUAUAUAUUCGCCUGCAAUAAUUUAUCUUGAACAAAGAAAUGCGCUGAAGUAUGGUUUUAAUAUAUAGUUAGGUUCGAUUUAUACGUUAGUUCGGUUUAUAUGGGCCGAUUUUUAUCACAAUAUUUUUGCUCACUUUAUUGUGCAAUAUAUUAUUGCAGAUGACUUUAUCUGCUCCGAAUAGGUACCUAAGUGUGUCCAUUUACCCAAGUGUGUCUAGCAAAACUUCCGUGAGACAUAGAGACUUGAUGUGCCCCCCGUUGAAGCUCCUCGUUAUGGAGAGAAAUAAUAUCGAGAAAUCUUCUAAAAAUACGUGAGUGACUCGUUUUAAUAUACUUAUUUAAAAGUACAAGAAGCUAACUUGUAGUACAAGAAUAUUUCAACCAGUACUGAAGCUUCUCAGUGUAAGUUUUAGAAAAAUGGUGCUGAAAGGGGACGAAUGUUAGGAUUGUUAUGUCCUUAGUUUAUAGUUACUUGUUUUAAUAUUAUUGAAAUUGGAUAUUUAUGUCAAAAUCAUGAAUUAAUUUAUUUAUGAUUUGUUAACCGUUUAUAAGACAUUAGGGUGUCAGAAUUUAAUGCAAAAUUGAAGCCUAUCACUUUGAAAUAGAGUUCAAAAUCAGGCGGGAAAUAUAUUCCCUCUGCCUUAUAAAGGCUUAAUCUAAGUUAGCCCUGUUUGUUGGUUUAUGUCAAGUUUAUAAUUAUUAUCUAGAUAGUAAAUAUCAUAAGCAAACUACAGUAAAUUCUAGUAUCUUUGCAUGCUCGGCUAACUGUAAACGGGUAAGAAGCUAGGUAUAUUGUCUCAAAUUGUUUGCCCUAAUUAAUCUUAUAUUUUUUUACUCUGAUUUAAUAUUUUUUCGUAAGAAUAUUAUCUUAAAGGCAUACGUAGGUACAGUCAGCAUCAAUAGUAGCGGAUGAAACAACGCGCCAAAAGUAUCUGAUAUUCUGGAUAAGUUUUCCAAAUAUAGAUAAAUCUCUAAAAUUUACAUUCAAAAGUAAAUCUUUUACCGUCUUAAUCGUUCUACACAUAGAACCACCACAUUUUGUUAAGCCGUUACAGAAUGGUAGAUACUUUUGAAACCUUGUUUGAUCCGCUACUUUUGAUGCUGACUGUACAUCAUAGGUUAUCCAAGCAUUUAAAAGUUAUCAGGAUUACAAUUUAUUUAACCUUUUCGUCGCCAUUGACUUGAUAUAAAGUCAGUACAUUUCGUGCCCCAUACGCUACGACUUGAUACUCGUAUCAAGUGAUGGUAUACGAUACGUGCGAUUUUUGACGAGGCGGCGAAAAGGUUAAAAGGUGCAUUAGGGUAUCUUUGGAAACGAGGUAAUUUCGAAAACCGCAAGUAUAUUCAACCUCAAGCUCUCAAAUAUUGUCUACGCUACGGAGGUAUAUUAGUACAUUAUGAUACAAGUG